AUGGAUAAAUCUUUGAGAACUGCUUUGUUCUCUUGUGUUGUUCUUAUCUCAAUAUGUGUUCCAUCAUCUUUAGCUCAAACAUGCCAGACCCAUACUUUCUCUAGCAAUCAAGUGUUCACCGCUUGCAGCAAUCUUCCUAUGUUGAGUACUAAGAAAGGUAGCAUGAGUGGAACUAGUUUUAGUACUCAUGCCAUGGAUUCAGCAAACAAAGCAUUAGCACCAGUUGCACCAGUACCAGUUUCCGGAACAAGCAGCAAGAAGAAUGUUCAUGGUGUAUUAAAUGCACUGAGCGGGGGAGUUCUCAUGCCUAUAGGAAUGAUGAUAGCCAGGUACUUGAAGGUGUUCGAGGUAGCAAAUCCAGCAUGGUUUUACCUACAUGUUGCUUGCCAAUCCUCUGCCUGUAUCAUUGGUGUUGCUGGAUGGGGAACUUGUCUUAAACUCAGUAGCAAUUUUUCUAAAAUCAAGUAUAGCAAGCACAGGAACAAUUGCAUGACCCUCUUCUGCCUUGCAACCAUUUGGGUAGUAUUUGGUUUACUCUUGAGGCCAAAGCUAGAUCACAAAUACAGACUCUACUGGAACAUCUAUCACUAUUGCAUUGGAUACACAAUCAUCGCUUUAAGCAUCUUCAACAUCUAUAAGGGCUUUGACAUUUUGGACCCUGAAAAGAAAUGGAAAAAGAUUUACACUAGAAUUAUCAUAUUUUUGGGGUACCAUUAA